GUCAAUCAGCCUUAUUUCCUGAGUCGAAAUUUAGUCACUACGAUGUGGUAGUUGGUGUGUUAUCAGCUCGAAAUAACCAUGAACUUCGAAAUGUGAUAAGAAACACCUGGUUGAAGCAUUUGUUGCAACAUCCUACUUUAAGUCAACGUGUGCUUGUGAAGUUCAUAAUAGGUGCUCGUGGCUGUGAAGUGCCUGUGGAAGACAGGGAGGAUCCUUACUCCUGCCGACUGCUCAACAUCACCAAUCCAGUUUUGAAUCAGGAAAUUGAGGCUUUCAGCUUUCCUGAAGAAGCCUCCUCACCCAGACUCUCUGAAGACCGAGUUGUCAGCGUGAGCUUCCGAGUUCUCUACCCAAUUGUGAUUACCAGUCUUGGAGUGUUUUAUGAUGCCAAUGACAUUGGCUUUCAAAGGAACAUCACAGUCAAGUUGUAUCAGGCAGAGCAGGAGGAGGCCCUUUUCAUCGCUCGAUUUAGUCCUCCAAGCUGUGGCAUACAGGUGAACAAGCUAUGGUACAAGCCUGUGGAACAGUUCAUCUUACCAGAGAGCUUUGAAGGUACAAUCGUGUGGGAAAGCCAAGAUCUCCAUGGCCUCGUGUCCAGAAACCUACACAGAGUGACAGUGAAUGAUGGAGGGGGUGUUCUCAGAGUCAUUACAGCUGGGGAAGGGACACUGCCUCAUGAAUUCAUGGAAGGCGUGGAGGGAGUUGCAGGUGGCUUUAUCUACACUGUUCAGGAAGGAGAUGCACUGUUACGAAGCCUUCAUUCGAGGCCCCAGAGACUUUCAGACCACAUACAGGAUCUGCGAGUAGAAGAUGCCUUACUGCAGGAGGAGAGCAGCAUCUAUGACGACAUUGUCUUCGUAGAUGUUGUGGAUACUUACAGGAAUGUUCCUGCAAAAUUACUGAACUUUUAUAGAUGGACUGUGGAAACCACCAGCUUCAGUUUGCUGCUGAAGACAGAUGAUGACUGUUACAUAGACUUAGAAGCUGUGUUCAAUAGAAUUGCUCAGAAGAAUCUAGAUGGGCCUAACUUUUGGUGGGGAAAUUUCAGGUUGAAUUGGGCAGUGGACAGAACUGGAAAGUGGCAGGAGCUGGAAUACCCCAGCCCAGCCUACCCUGCUUUUGCAUGUGGGUCAGGGUACGUGAUCUCCAAGGAUAUUGUUGACUGGCUGGCAGGCAACUCCGGAAGGUUGAAGACCUAUCAGGGUGAAGAUGUCAGCAUGGGCAUUUGGAUGGCAGCCAUAGGACCUAAAAGACACCAGGACACCCUGUGGCUGUGUGAGAAAACCUGUGAGACAGGCAUGCUGUCUUCUCCGCAAUACUCACCACAAGAGCUGAGCAGACUGUGGGAACUGAAGGAAUUGUGUGGGGAUCCUUGUCAGUGUGAAGCAAAAGUGCUGUAAUCCCCAAAGACCAGGGACUGUAAGUCUGAGGAGACCCUGUGGCUGGUAUUGAGCUAUAAGCAGUAUAUUACCAGUGUUUGCACAGAUCUUAAUCAGCUGAUACUGUAGCAUAAGUUUUUAUUUAUAGAUUGGAAGAUUAUUUAAUACCAAAUUAUUUUAUAAAAAAUAUUCCUAACUAACUCCUGAUGACUGUAACUAAUUAGUAAUUCAUCAUUAUCAUUUUUGGUUAAACAUGGCCAAAUUUAAAAAGUUGUAAUAACUCCAUUUGAAUCUCAAUCAGAAUUAUAAAAUAGCUCUGUAUAGCUUAAUUAGGCCAGAAAGAACCUACAAAGAUGCUGUGUGGCGCUGGGGCCACACAUACCAAAGUGUAGGUUGCUGGAAAUACCAGUUUGUGGAUCUCUGACAUGGGCAAACUGGCCUUGAAAAGGAAAUGCUGUAACCUUAAGUUUGGGAUCUUGCAUUUAAAGAUGUUUAUUUACAUAAGUACCAUGUUUCUUUUACCAUUUAAUGUAAAUCAUGAAUGUCUCAGCACGCUCACUAAACUGUUUUUGUGAGUAUGAGUAAAAAUAUAAACACCUCAGGGUUCAGUGUCACAGGGAAGUAGGGAAGGUACUCUGCCUUGCCUGCUGUUAACCUAAGCUUAAGGAGGUGGUAAUAUGUGGAAGAUAGGUUCCAUGUAGGUAUAAUGUAGGGGAAAGUAUAUUGUACAGAGUAGAAAAGAUGUGUUUCCCCAGUUUAAGGGACAUUUCUCAGAAUGACCAACCAAAUCACUACAGUAAACUUUUUCAAAUAGUUAAGCAGUCCACAGCAGAUGUUAACUCUACUCAUAUCUAGACUAUUGUUUCUACUUCAUAUUUACAUUUUCACAUAAUGGAAUGCAGUAAGCAGUAAGCUGUGAAAACACAAGCAGAAAAGUCACUAGUAAUCAAAGCCUUUAUUAUUCUAUUAAUAUACAACCAAAUGGUCCUUUCCCAACAAAACAUACAUCCUUUGUGAAGGUGAAGUUUUUGUUUCUGGUGUGUACAACAUUCCAGUUGGAUUGUUACCAUCGCACUAGUAGACAAUCUCCAUUCUCCACAGAAUAAAACUGUAAUGACUGUAGGUCAUUUUCUAGCUCAAUUUCUCUGCCUGGCAUCUAAAAUUAGAACAAAGUGUCGAGUGAGUAAGACAGAUCUAAUGAUGCAUGUUAUACAUGCUGCCCUCCAAUGUCAGGUAGCUUGAGAAGUCAAAAUGCUGCCUCCAUUUAGAAUCUGGUACGUAUGGCUCAUGGUACUGUGGAGAACUAAGCUUAGCUUAGUUUUGUGUUUUUGCCUAGCAACUUACCUUGGGACUUUCAUAGGACAACAGAAGUUCUGACACAGGAACUUUGAGAAGACGUGACAGCAGUCCCUUUACCUUUUGAACUGUCAUGGAAUCUAUCAAAGAAAAGGAAAAUCCAUUUCUCUCAAAUGAUGACUGUGUGUAGAAACACUCAGGUGAGACAGCAUGAUCUGUCCUUUCUUAGCAUUGGUUUACCUAAGAUACUAAGUGAUGAAGGCUUAAAUCAUUCAACCAGUUGAUUCUUUUGGCAAACUGGGAAAUGGAGCCAAUGUUUGACCCAAGUGGUCUUGACAGAGAUGUGUCAUACCAUUUCAGUAGCACUUACUAUUUCUUCCUCAGUCUGAGUAACCAGAAAUAAUCAUCUCACUGAGGAGGAAAAAUAUAAGCCUUUGUGAUAACUUCCUAAUGGGUUGCUGAAGAUCCCAUGAGUGGGGCCUUGAGGACACCUCUCAGCCUUAUUUUUCCCUCCAGAAGAAAGUACAGAUUUAAGUGGUUGAUGAGGUCCCUCCCAGCACGAGCAUCCAGUCACCAUCAGGAUGUGCACACAUAUGACCAGGUAUGGGAAGGUAACUCAGAAAAACAAAUGCUCUGAUUUAUUCAGAACACACUAGGAACUUCUUUCCAAAGACAGGUUGUGGUACAUAGCGGAUAUUUUGAUUAAGAAUAUUAGUUUCUCUGAAGCUUUAGCUGAAAGUACAGCAAUAGUGUGGUGGUCCCACAAAUAUCACAAUGUAGUCAAUUACUUUUCUAUAAGAAUUGUUUUUUAUAAAAGCUGUGUUUUUAUGCAACUUGUGAUAAUAAAUCUUCUCUAUUUUAGAAUAAAA